AUGCUGAGUACCCUGUGGCUGCUGCUCAGCUUUGCUGUCCCGGUGCGGGGGAUCUACAAAUUUGUCAGCUGUCCCCAUGGCAAGCAAUGCCAGAAGGCCCUGCUGUCCGGCAACGAYGUACUCCUGCAAUGCAGCUCUGCUGGGGCACACUGGUACUACUUCUUCCUGCAGACCAGGAGUGGCUGGACCACCACCAACACCAGUGUUUCCAAUAUGGUCACCACGCCCGUAGGUCACCUGCUCAUUAGAGACCCACUGCCCUCCCAGACGGGCCUCUACAGCUGCUGGAACAAGAAUGGCACCCAAGAGACACAGUACGAGAUUGAUUUCCAGGAUGUCAGCUCCCUGCACAUCACACACAAGAGCCUGGACCAAGAUCCCCUGCACAACGAGUCCCUGGAACUGGGUCGUCAGGAGACGGUCUUCACGCACUGGGAGCCCUGGCAGGACUGUAACCGCUGCGACGUGCCCGGGGAGCGCAAGCGCUUGGGCUACUGCUACAUCCGGGAGCCCCAGGAGGAGCCCGUCCCCUGUGGGAUCUUCCUGGGACAGGCCAAGUUGAAGUCCAACCGCCUGCGGCCCGAGAUGCAGGUGGAGGCCUGUUUCGUGCCCUGCGACCCUCAACGCUCCUACCGCCACGAGUACACGGUCUUUGACAGUUUCAGGUUCAGCAAGGAGUCGGAAGCUCUGUGGCUCACCUGCUCCUUGGGAUCCAUCUACAGGCCCAUCAUGUGGGAGGUCAACGGCAUCCCCCUGACUUGGCGGGGCCAGCUGGUCGGCCAGGGCAUGAACACGGUCCUGGACACCUCCACCGGCGGCAGGCAGCUGCAGAUCUUCCAGCCGGCCACGUACAAGUGCUACGUCCACCAGGAGUUCAUGGCCCAGUUCAGCCCCGUGAUGGGUCCYGAGGCCUUGGAGGAGCAGAACAAGAAGGAGGAGCAGCAGUGGCAGGUGGGCAAGGUCCUGGUGCCGCCCAAGGAGGCCGACUCGGUUCUCAAGGGGCUGAAGCUGAUGCUGCUCAUGGUCUUCGUCCUGGCCCUGGCCGGGCUACUCUUCAGGGCCCUCCGUCCUGCCUGGGACAAGAAGAAGAACUCCGUCCUGCUGGUGAAAUAA